ACACUCAUUCUCUGUCUUUUUGUUUCGCUUCACUCCCAACCAGUACAUCUCCUCGCUGGCCAUCUCCAAUCUCAAGCAGCUUAUCUCGUACAUUUCUUCCCCAUUAGAUUUUCUUCUAUAUUUUUGGGAUUUUAAUCUGCAAAUUAAUGGUGCCGUAGCUUAUCUUCCACAACCAUUAAUCCCAAAAUUUCCGCUCAAGAAACAAGAUGUGCUGAUUACCCGGGAAUCGGUUUCCUUCCUUCUUCUCUCCGAUCCCCGAAUCGGAUUCUGCAGUCGUGAAACCGCGGCUGAAUCUUUCUCUGUGUUUUCCCGUCGGAUUUGGUCAAAAUGCAGGCGUUUUCAGAACCCCGUUAAAGCUCUGAUUCUUUCGCCACCUAAUUGUGUCUCGGGGUUGUUGGGAAGCCAUUUACUGCUGUGAUCUUUUUUGGCGAGAGAAUUCAAUGGCGAGAUUCUUGAAGAGCGUCGGGUUCUCACGUGCCUUCUGGUUGCGAAUUCUUUUGAGGGAUUUGUAUUUCCUCGUGGGUUUUUGAGGUGCAUGCUCUUUUUACACUCAGCUGUCGAGAAACCCAGAAAGCUCCGCCGCAAACCGACGCAAAUACGUCAAGAUUUAGGGCUUUGCGCUGAAACCCAGAAAAGCUCCGCCGCAAAGAUCAGUGUGAUAAUCUCACUGCUCAAAUUUGACCGUUUGAAGAAGAAAGAGGGGAGAGAUUCUCGGGUCGCUUUCAAUUUCUAUUUAUUUCGUUCGUAUUAAAUGGGUUUAUUGCGAAGAAUCGGGGUUUUUAUUUCUUCGAGCUGAAAAGAUUCGAAGGCCAAGCCCUUUGAGUCUCUGAGAGAUCUUCUUUUACAAGGAUUCCAAAGGGAAAAGCAAAAUCUGAAGAAUUGCAACGGUUGAAACCUUCAAAGUCGCUUUAUAAAAAACACAUUAUCUGAGCCUGACAAAUCAUUCUUUCCUUUAUCAAGUAUCCGGUGUUUCUAUUAGUUGGAGAGAUAUAAUGGAUUUACAAGUCGAAAACCAGAGGUUUUGAAGCUUGAAUUUGCAGAAUUUUUUGCACAUUCUCAGUUAUCGUUCUUUGGAUCCGAAGUGUUAUAAAUAGGAAGUCUUCUGGGUGCACAUCUGGGAAUUGGGUUUCUACCAAAUUGGAUUUGAGUGGCACUGUGCUGAUUUUUAAAGUUUCGAAGCAUCGAUGGGGCUUCUUUGCCGAAGUCUCUUGAUGCUGUUUUUUGUGAUAUGUUUCUCCCGGCUGCCUGAUGUGUCUGCACAAUCCUCAAGAGGCUCAGCACCCGGUCUUGAUGCGCUUCUGCAAGAUUAUGCCUACAGGGCUUUUGUUCAUCCCAAGACUGGUGUUAUAUUUGAUGGUAGUGUUCCCUCGAAUUUGACUGGAAUUCAGAUUGCAGCAAUGAGGCUCAGGAGUGGUAGCUUGUACAGAAAAGGUUUUGACAUGUACAAAGAGUUUGAGAUCCCCGAGGGUGUCACUGAGAGUCCGUAUGUGGAGAGGCUUGUUUUGGUGUACCAAAACUUGGGCAAUUGGUCAAUGGUAUAUUACCCAUUACCUGGUUACUCUUACUUAGCUCCAGUACUCGGUCUUCUUGCUUAUGAUGCUGGCAACCUAUCAGCGAAAAAUCUGCCCGAAUUGGAUAUCAGGGCAUCUGGUGAUCCCAUAACGAUCGAAUUCCAGGAUGUGAAACCGGCCCCUGCAGGGACAAUGGCAAAGUGUGUUUCGUUUGAUUUGGACGGUUCAGUCAAUUUCAGCAAUGUGGAAUCAGGCAAUAUAUGCUCAACAGUCCAACAGGGGCACUUCUCUAUAGCGGUUGAGUCCACUGCUCCUUCUCCAGCACCAGUCUCUCCAAGUCCUACCCCUAGUGGUAAACGAAAGAAGAAGAGUAAUACGAAAGUGUGGAUAAUUGUUGGGUCUGUGGUGGGUGGAUUAGCAUUGUUGGCAUUGUUGUCGUUCUUAGUACUAUGGGCGAAAAAGUACAGGGAAAGGAAGAAUUUACAACGGAUGGAGAAGGCAGCAGAUGUAGGAGAAGCCUUGCAAAUGACCUCAGUCGGAGAUGCAAAGGCACCUGCAGCAACAUUCACGCGAACGCAACCAACCAUCGAGACUGAAUACGUUCCUUGAUUCCUCCCACCAUUUUGUACAAGCUUCCAGUUCUUUCCGACCACCAUUCAACAAUUAAAGUUCAAUUCGUGCAUUCAGAAAUUCGUCCAGUCACACCUUUUUAUGGUGGUGCCUCCUUCAUCUGCGCUCUACGCUUUGCUCUUCUUUGGUAGAUUCUUUGUGUCACUGUGGGUAAUCCAGGAUUUUUUUGUGUAAAUCUGUUGUCACUCACUGAUAGUUUACUACGAUUCAUUGUUGGUGUGAAACCGUGAAAUUUAGCCGAAAGUGAUUCCUAUAUGUCAUGAAUUUAGUUGUUUCAUUGAGAAGAAAUCAUAAGUUUCAUUUGCACA